AUGACUCAUGUAGGGCUGUUGGCAUGUUAUGCCGGCCUUCUCGCCAGCGCUGCCGCACCAAGCUUCUCAUCGGCUCUUUCCCUUCGCUUUGGCACAGCGAUAUCUGAGCAAAACGGCCUCCGCACAAAUCUAUUUGCAACCGGUCAAGAAUCGCUGCGGACGACGACUCCGCCCCAAGCGGAAGAGAAAACUAAUGAUUGCCUGGCCGUCAUAAACAAGCUAAGGAGCGAAAGUCUAAAGGACCUGUUGGGAACCCUCACCAGGCCACACGAAGAUGAAGUGAUUGCAAGCCUGGAGGAGCUCGGAAUACCGGACCCAGAAGAACUCAAUGCUGCAAAAAUUGCAGAAAAGCUCGCAGGUGACGAUGUCCAAAACUGUGAAUCGGGCAAGAGCGCGAAUGCGAAGACGUAUCCCGGACUUGUGACUCCAUUCGCGCAUUCCAUGGAUUUCAACUGCAACACUUUGAUCCAGAAGACCUACACAGACGGGCUCAACCACCUCAAAGAAUCGAACUUCGAGCCAUCGACAGGAACAUACGAUGUUGAAAACGCUCCAUUUAAUAACGUAGACGCCAGCAAUGUGGCGUUUCUGCUGUCAUCAAAAAGCACAAAGGUCUCAUGUGCCGCCACGCAAGACUGCGCUGAUGGCCACGACGUUUUAUUCUGCUACUUCAUAGACCCACUUCAAAAAGGAGAUAAGCCUUUCACGCCUGAGCUUUACAAUGCCCUCUGGGGAUUGGAAACAGGCGCAGCGUCCAUAUCGGUUCCCAGUGUCGCCACCGUUCUUUUACUCCUCGCUCUGAGCAUUCGGAGCUGA